AUGAACAAAAACAACAAUAUAUUCAAUAAAAACGAAAUAGAAAAUGAAUUAAAAAAUUUUAAAGAAGGUCAAGAUUAUUCAGUUUCUCCGACGGAUGAACCAAAUAUAAAAACCUAUAAUUUUCAUAACGAUAAAUUAACAAGUAUAUUUAGGGGUGAUAGAGUGCCAGUGCGGAUAACCAGAAAAGACUACGAAGGUCAAGAUUAUACAUAUCGAGGUCAUUUUGAGGAAGGAAAAGAUUAUUUUUACUCUCACCAAACUUGGGAAGGUCAAAAUAUUCCGGCUGACGAGAAUGGAUGGAUUCCAAUUAGAAGUGAAAUUUACAAAGGAGGUAGUGGCGAUUAUACAAAAUUUGGUUUGAGGUUCCGACCAUUAGACAAUUUUGAACCAAAAAAGAUGGAGCCGAGUUUUAACGAUAAAGAAGUGGAAAUGCACCGAAAAUAUUUGGCAGAGUUUCAAGAAAAAAAACAUAAUUUAGAAAUGCUAAAUAUUGAGGAGCAAAAUAAUCCAAAAAGUUGCUGUGAAGAGCAUCUCCAAGCCUGGUUGAAAAGUCCUAAUCGGCCGAAAUUAAUUGAGGAGCGAAAAAAAGAAAUUGAGGAUAUUCGCCCGUCAGAUAAUAAUUGUCAGAAGUGCGGAGCGUUGCUUUGCGAGGAGGCAAAAAAGGUAAAAUCUAAUUUAGUCAAAGAAAACCAAGCAUUACGCCAAGAAUUAGCGGAAGUUAAAAAUCAAUUAGCCCAAGUUUUAGAGGAAUUGAAAAAGUUAAAGAGUAAUGUAAAUGGUAAAGAUAGGGAAAAGUUGAACCAGCAAAUAGUUCAGAAUGAGAAAUUAAUUAAAGAAGGUGAAAAUAUUUCCUUGUCCGAAAUUCAAGAGCAAGUUAAUAAAUCACAAGCGUUAAUGAAAGAGUUUAAUGUUGGAGUUUCCUCAACCAAGAAUGAUAAAGGCAAUAGUUCACUUCCUUAUAUAAUUGGGGGUUCGGUAAUCCUGGCUGCGGUGGGAAUUAUUGGCUACUUUCGGUUGAAAAAUAAACGUAGAUAUUUUGCCAAAGGCCAAAAAUAA